AUGGGAGGCCAGCACUACGAUGACGUACGGGAACGUUCUAAACCCAAUGGUCAGGGAGCACUCAUUCCUGGUGUAUCAGACGCUAGAGAACUAAAUGGCGGUGAUGAACAGCACGAUGCAGAAACAGAGUCGGAGCAUGAACCUCAGCAGAACGAUGGGUAUCCUGAUGAAGCUGAUCAUGACGCUGAGGCACAUUUGAAGAAUUUGAAAUUCCAAGGAGUGCCCAAUUCCGCUGUGAGACAGGAUCCACAGGAACCAGAAAAUGAAGGAAUGAAUGGCCAAACAUCCAACAACUGGGUCAAAAAGAUUAAUCGUCAGGAACAGUUCUCUGAAUGGCGCAAAGAGAUGGGUCAGGCCUUUCGAAGGUUUUCCAAGCUAGCUGGUAGGCGAAGUUCACGGCCAGAAUUGGCCAAAAACAUAAGACCGUCGCAUUCGCAAAAUCAAAGUCCUGAAGAUGAGUAUACACAAAGUUUGGCCUCCGAUCUGAUAGAUACGCUGAUUGCUGGGUGUCCUGCAGCGCUUUUUGCUAGCUGUCUUUUUCUUCGCGACGAACACGGCGUGAGAAGGGCCCCUAUGCUUCUAGCAAUGUUAGGGGUAAAAGUGACACCAUCAAGCGGGUCUGGCAAAUCAGAAACCAUUGUAAAAGAGCAUAAUCGUUCAGACCAUAACAAUCCAGAUGCCCAGACUAGCAACCUUAGGUUUAAACUGGAACUUGAGUACGGAGUCGGCCACAAUCGCAUGAAAUGGUCGGUUGUCAAAUCCUAUAAGGAUCUGGUUUCGCUUCACGCCAAGCUGAAGUUAAUGUCCUUUCAACAGAGCGCAAUCAACAAAUUUCACAUUGAUAACCAUAAUUUCAAGUACAUGCACUUGCCCCAUUUCCCUCGUUUCGAUGAUGCCGCCAAGGAGGCUAGCGGCUCAGUGGUCAGCUUCUCAUCUCACGAAAGUUCGGCAAGCAGUUCAAAUGAAGAUCCUGUGAACAGGCUACCAAGUUCACAACGCAGCCAUGAGUUUGAAAUACGCAGGUUUCGCAUGAGGCACCUGCAAGAUCUUCUUGCUCAACAGGACGAUACCUCGCAUCCAAUGCACGUAAGACUUGAGCGGUAUUUGAAGCUAUUGAAUCUAGCACUCUGUCUGAGACCUCAAUCCAACCGCCUCUUCCAGUUUUACGAACUAUCACCCAUCGGCAAUUUACUCAGUUAUGAGAACGGUUACCAGGGGAAACAAGGAUAUAUGGUGGUGCGUUCUACGGCAAGUACACAAGGAUGGAGAGUGUCUCAUUUGAAGUUCCAAGAUUUGCAGGCCAUGAUUGAAAGACAUACCAACAAGUGGUUUCUUGUGAGGCACUCCUACAUUCUCUACGUUUCCGAUCUCCAUUCGACCACGCCAUUGGAGGUCUUUUUGGUAGACUCGAGCUUUCAGAUUCGUGCGUCAGGAGAGGCUGGUAUAGUGCCAGAUGACUACAAGGACUUUGAUCCCUUGGGGGAAGAUACCAAAAAGCUGUCUACUAAACUGAUGAUAACUUUGGAAAAUAGUGAACGGAAAAUACAGAUGCUGGUGAAAUCUGAAUUCCAACUCAAGUUGUGGGUGGCCUCCAUUUCAAAAAUGGCGCAAUCUACAGUCUGGUCUCAGAAGAAAAGAUUUGACAGUUUUGCACCUGUCAGAAAGAACUGCUUCUGCAAAUAUUUGGUAGACGGGCGAGACUAUUUUUGGGCCUUGAGCGAAGCUCUCACUAUGGCUCAGGAUGUCAUCUUCAUACAUGACUGGUGGCUCUCACCAGAACUCUAUAUGCGCAGGCCGAUUGAAAAUAAUCAGGCGUUCCGUAUCGAUAGAAUUCUAAAGGAAAGAGCAGAAAAAGGCGUCAAAAUUUUUAUUGUUGUUUACAGAAAUGUUGGCAGCACUGUUGGAACUGAUUCUUCCUGGACCAAGCACUCGAUGUUGAACUUACAUCCUAACAUUCAUUUGAUCAGAUCUCCCAAUCAGUGGCUACAGAACACCUAUUUUUGGGCUCAUCACGAAAAAUUCACAGUGAUUGAUCACAGCAUUGCUUUUAUGGGAGGGAUAGAUCUCUGCUAUGGAAGAUUCGAUACACCAGAGCACGUCUUAAGAGACGAUAACGCUGAUUUCAAGCAACAAAUUUUUCCUGGAAAGGAUUAUUCAAAUGCUCGAGUUUGCGACUUCUAUGAUCUUGAUAAACCCUUUGAGUCGAUGUAUGACAGAAAUGCAAUCCCUCGAAUGCCCUGGCACGAUGUGCAUAUGACGACCAUUGGUCCUGUUGCUCGCGAUAUGUCUCGUCAUUUUGUUCAGAGAUGGAAUUACCUCUUACGUCAAAAACGUCCCAGUAGACCAACGCCUUUACUGACACCACCGAGCGAUUUUACAGAAGCUGAGAUGGAAAAUUCACCAUUGUUUCAAAGUAUAAAAGAUCGAUCGACCUGUGAAGUUCAAGUUUUGAGAAGUGCCGGUAAAUGGUCUUUGGGCUUGAAAAAGACAGAGCACUCUAUUCAGAAUGCUUACUUGAAAUUGAUAGAGACAUCCAAACAUUUCAUUUACAUGGAAAACCAGUUCUUUGUCACAAGUUCUAGUUGGGAUGGUGUAGUAGUCGAAAACAAAAUCGGAGAUGCUCUCGUGGAUAGAAUAAUAAAAGCCAACAGCGAAGGUAGGGCUUGGAAAGCUUUUAUCGUUAUCCCGUUGAUGCCUGGUUUUGAUUCACCUGUCGAUAAGCCUGAAGGAUCAAGCGUGCGGGUUAUCAUGCAAUGCCAAUAUCAAUCUAUCUCUCGAGGAGAAUCUUCUAUUUUCGCCAGGCUCAAAAAGCUUGAUAUUGAUCCGUUGCAACAUAUUCAGUUUUUUUCUCUGAGGAAAUGGUCUGCUUUAGGAAAGAACGAUCGCCUCGUCACCGAGCAGCUUUAUGUCCACGGCAAAGUUAUGAUUGUUGACGAUAGGUCCUGCAUUAUAGGAAGUGCCAAUGUCAACGAAAGGUCGAUGCUAGGAAAUAGAGAUAGCGAAGUUGCCGCUCUGGUCAGAGACACUGACUUGGUAGAAACUAAAAUGGGCGAUGAGCCGUACUUGGCUGGAAGGUUUGCCUGGGAGCUAAGACAAAGGCUGAUGCGAGAGCAUUUAGGUUGCGACGUUGAUCUUGUUGAGGUUGUAGAGAGAAAGUUUGGUAAGCUUGAACAGCUUGCAAGACUGAACUACAAAACACUGCACUUGCUGCAGGGCGGAGAACACAGCAAAGCGGCUAAGAUCGAGUCCGCACUUAUCGAAUUAGGCUACAGAGAGGUUAUGCUGACCGAUGCGAGUGAAUCGUGGAGACAGAAAUACGGCUCGAAAGAUAGGCAAUUUGGACUCGAUAGUCAAAACUAUGAGGAAAUUAACGAUACUCCAAGCUUCGAACAAGCGGAGGAGGUCGAGAAAAAAUCAGGGCUACCAUGUGCGAAGCACGAACUUGACGGAAUCCCGUCUUCUUUGAGUCACUAUCACUCUUUCAACAAUAGAGCUGGGGAGGCUAAUUCGGGCAUACGAGACAGAAAACCCAUAAGCACGGACUCGCGGCUAGUAAACAAUACAGUCCAUGAAGCAGAUGUCGACGGUCUUGGGCUUGAUGAAUGGAAAAAGGCCACACAUAAGCUCAAACAGAACGUCACCGAUAAAUUACGUUCUUGGGCUGAAAAAGUGCUCUCCACGCAAUUCGGUAGCACCAAAAGAAACAAAGGUACGGACUCAUUUUUGCCCGAUCGUGAAGAUGUGGAAGACUACUUGAGUGACCCCAAUGUCACCGUUUCUGAGAAAUGGGAUAUGCUCAAACGUAUAUGCUACCUGCAGUAUCUAUCGCACAAGAGUGAACGGAGAAAACACGUAAAACAAUCCGAUCAGUCUGGAAGCUCCGCAGGUUCUGAGAUCUCUGAUUCUCCUGAGGUGAGCUCCGUUGGAUCUCCAGAGAGCCAUAUAAGCGCCGUGCAAGAUCACGAAUUAGACGACGAGAUCAUCAACGACAUGCUAGCCCAGCUUUUACCUCCUAUCGGGAACCACGGGCCGCGCAAACAAAGUUUUUUGAGACUUAAGUUCAUCGACCCCUACACGUUUGAGGAUCCGCUGUGUGAUGCAUUCUACGAGGACAUGUGGUUCGCAGUAGCCCUGCGUAACACGAUGCUGUUUCGCCUGGUAUUUCAUUGCCAGCCUGACAACUCAGUACAGACGUGGCGCGACUACAAAGACUUUAAUCGUCUGCACGAAGAGUUUGACCGCGGUCAGGACGCAGUCAUCAAUCUCGAGAGAGGCGAACCGCCUCACAACCAAUCGCAUGGAAACGAUGAGGGAUCUUCAUCUACAAGAACUGCCGAAAAUGACACGAGGGGCCCAGCACCUCCCGUUAAUUCUCAUCAGGCUUCUAACAGUAAUUACAAGGUUCGUUCGCGUGCGUUGAAAAUGAAGUUGUCGAGCAGUGUGCUGUAUGGAGCCAACCAGCGUAUUUUUGACAAAUACACGGCUCAGCGGAUUCUGGAAAGAAUCCACGGCCAUCUAGUCAUUUUUCCCACCGACUGGCUUGCUCGGGAAGUCGAGUCGAAGAAUUGGUUCUACAGCACAGACAGGCUACCGCCAAUUGACAUCUACGAUUAA